AGCGCCCGCAUCCAUGGGGAUGCAGCAGACGUGUGACCCGGGCGGGCGCGCUGGCUACACAAAGCAAGCAGCUCGGACACACCCAGACACGGAAAGACAGACACGUCCUUGGAGAACGUGGACGCACAAAAGAUCCGUCUGGCUGGGACACACAGAGCACACGCAGGAAAUGCGCCGCAACCCGCCCCGCAAACGAGCUCCUGUGGACAGAAGCCGUGGGGGUAGGCGGGGCGGCACAUGUGUGCUCGACCGGACCCCGACCGGCCGUCCAGGGCUGGGGAACUCCAAGGCUCACAUGACCCCAGGGGAGGGCUGCAGUGCCCGGAGAAACUGCAUCAUCCCCACUGAUGAUCCAGUUCCAUCCCAGAGAAUAAAGGCUCAGUGGCCCUUGCCAGUUCUGCCCUGUAACUCACCUGCCUCUUGGAGCACCCAGCCGACUGGCUUGUGCCUCCACCAGGAUGGACACAAGGACAGUGCUACUCAUCCUGCAAGCCUUGCUGGUGCUCCCCCUGGCUGAUGGCACAGCCCCCGUCCUGCGCUUUGUGGCUGUGGGUGACUGGGGAGGGGUCCCCAAUGCCCCAUUCUAUACAGCCCGGGAAACAGCCAAUGCCAAGGAGAUUGCUAGGACGGCAAAGAUCCUGGGUGCAGACUUCAUCUUGUCACUGGGAGACAAUUUCUACUUCACAGGCGUGCAGGAUGCCAACGACAAGAGGUUCCAGGAGACCUUUGAGGAUGUGUUCUCUGACCCUUCCCUCCGCAAUGUGCCCUGGUACGUGCUGGCUGGCAACCAUGACCAUCUGGGCAAUGUCUCAGCACAGAUCGCCUACUCCAAGAUCUCCAAGCGCUGGAACUUCCCCAGCCCUUACUACCGCCUGCACUUCAAGAUCCCACGGUCCAAUGUGACCGUGGCCAUCUUCAUGCUGGACACAGUGACACUGUGUGGCAACUCGGAUGACUUCCUCAGCCAGCAGCCGCAGAGGCCCCGUGACCUGAAGAUGGCCCGGUCGCAGCUGUCCUGGCUCAAGAAGCAGCUGGCGGCGGCCAAGGAGGACUAUGUGCUGGUGGCCGGCCACUACCCAGUGUGGUCCAUUGCCGAGCACGGGCCCACCCACUGCCUGGUCCGUCAGCUGCUGCCACUGCUGGACACGUACAAGGUCACCGCCUACCUGUGUGGCCAUGACCACAACCUGCAGUACCUUCAGGAUGAGAACGGCAUCGGCUACGUACUGAGUGGGGCUGGGAACUUCAUGGACCCCUCGAAGAGGCACUUUCGCAAGGUUCCCAGUGGCUACCUGCGCUUCCACUACGGGGUGGAGAACUCACUGGGCGGGUUUGCCUACGUGGAGAUCAGCCCCAAAGAGAUGAGCAUCACUUACAUCGAGGCCUCCGGCAAGUCCCUCUUCAAGACCAGGCUGCCAAGGCGAGCCAGGUUCGAGCGCCUGUGAGGGGUCUGCAGCAGAGGGCAUUCCCUGCCCGGGGGCAGGGGGCUCCGCUGAGACCCUUGUCCCUUGACAGGCCUUCUCAGGGGCCUGUAGUUCAUCUGAGCCAGAAGGAAAACCACAUAUGCUCUUGAACUUGACAUCCUUCUGUCGUUGCCAAACAUUCAAUAAAAGAACAGAUUCAAGGCUGCAA